AUGCGCCGGGGCCGCGCCCCCGUGCGCGCCGCCGGGGCGGGGGAAGCGCGCCCGCCGCCCGCGCUCCAUUGGCGGCCGGCGCCGCCGCUCAGGCCCGGGGCGGGAGCGCCGCGCGAGGGCGGGAGCGGCGCCGGGCGGGCACGGCCUGCUCCGGCCCUGCCCCGGGCCCUGCCCCGGCCCUGCCCUGCCCCGGGCCCUGCCCCGGACCCUGCCCCGGGCCCUGCCCCGGGCCCUGCCCCGGCCCGGACCCGGCCCGACCCCGGCCCUGCCCCGGCCCAGCCCCGGGCCCUGCCCCGGCCCGGACCCGGCCCUGCCCCGGCCCUGCCCCGGCUUUGCCUGCACUGCGCGCGCCGGGACAGCCCCCGAAAAUUGCAUAAAAGCCUCCUUUGGGUCGCUGUUUUUAAAUUGAGAAAGGAGGCCUAUGGGAAGCACGAUCAGUUUGGGGGGUUUGAAACCCCUGAGCACACAACCCACUCUGCCAAGGAGCAGCUCCCCUUGGUGGCCGAAAGGGAACAGAGCCGAUGGCUCUGCUCUUCCCUCCAACCCUUCCUGCGGGCCGAGGAGAAGCACAGCUCAGACUUUUGGAAUUGUUUCAAGGUUGGUACCACAGCCCAGUUAACCCCACUCCUGCUUAGAAUUCUCCAUGCACAGGACAACUCCAGAAAGGAACACGGGGAUGUACAAAAACCCCAGUGGGUGUUUGUGUCAGAACUCAGGUUUGGAAAAUCCUCUCCAAUUUUGAUCACCACGAAGGUUCAGACAUACCCAGAGAUGCUCAAGGCUGUCGCUGACCUUGAGGGGAAAGACAAAUUUCCAACGUGCCUGACAGAGCUGCGGAAGGACCGAAGUUUCCACGGCCAAACACCUCCUCAGUGGUGCCUUCUGAGCAGGAGGAAAGGAAAGGAAAGGAAAGCUCCCAUUUGUGCCUGGGCCAAGGCGAGCGCUCUGUGCACAGAAGGCUCUGUGUGCCCUCCUUCCCUUGGCAGCAAUCACAACCUCGGCCACUUCAGGGGAGGUGACUGGAUUAGCAGGGGACAAAGGGAAAAAAGGGAAGAAGAAAAGCAACCAGUAGCAGCCAAAAAGUCUCAAGCAUGGCCUGGUGUAUUGCAGUGAGCCAGAGCACAGGUUGGAACAAAACCUGGAGAAGGCAAAGGGAUCAGGACAUCACAGAGUCACCAACUGCUGUGGAUUCACUGCAGGUUUGAUCUUCUCACAGGCAGUAAAUCCAUGACCUGGGCAAGGCUGGAUGCCUCUGCUCUGUGCUGGGCUGAUGUGCCACAUUCAAUUAUCUCUUGAACACUUCAAGGGAUGGUAACUCCACCACUGUCCUGAGGGACUCCUUCCAAUGCCUAACCACAUCUUCAGUGAAAACAACUGGACAUGUCAUUCUUGUAACACAAUCAAACACAUUUUAAAAUAUAGCUUUUUAAUGCUACUUGUUUAAUUGGCUGUGAGAUAUAAUUCAGACUACAUUUCCAAAGUGUGUGCAGCUGCUCAGUUCUUAAAUGCAAGGUCUGAGGAUUAAUAGUUCAUAUUUUUCUAGAAAUAAGUGCAACAGUUUCUAUCUCCAAAAGAGCACUGCGCCUUUCAGCACACAUUCUACUUGCCAAAAUUAUUUUACACCUCUGAAAAAGGGCUUCUAUCUGCCCUUAACCUUGUCCUGUUUUUCUAUUUUUAUUUUCUUUGCAUUACUUCAUUCUCAUUAAUUUUCCCUCUUGCUUCAUACACUUCCUUGAAGAAUUCCCCUCCUUGUGUUCAUAGCCUUCCAAUACCAUUGAUUGUAAGUGACAUUUGAAUAUUGACACUUCUCUUUUUCCUCCAGCCUGACUCCUGGAUUGAUUUGGAUUCCCAUAGACCUGGGGACUUUCUUUCAGGCUGAUGCCUGCCACAGCUGGAACUGUCAAUGUUACCAUACAGAACAGAGGUUUCAGUCUCCCUUUGGCAUACUGAUUAUCUGGAAUUCAGUGUUGAUCCUUUCCAUUAUGUAGGAAUGGUAUUAAUUAUAAAUCUGACUUCUAGAAGAUAUAAAUACUUACUGCUAGACGUGAAAUUCAUUACAGCCCUAGAAUCAUAUUAAGCACCUUUAAUGAGAAAGAAGCUAAGAA